GCGAGCGACGGCGCCAUGGAGAUGGAAGGAGCAGAUGGGGCUGCAGUCCCCCCCAGCUUGGCCGAUCGCUCCCAUCGAAGCAGCAUCUCUUCCAUGUGUGCCCGAUCGCUGGAUGUCCUGGUAUAUCUGAUUGAUGAUACUGCGGUGCAGCUGAGCGUGGACAGUCUGAUGUCUGUCACUGUUCAUGAGCUACAUCGCAUCGUCCGGGAAGCCCUGCAGCUUCCUGAGUGUGCCAUGGAAGUCUUCGCUCUGUGGCUCAUCUCUCCCUUGCUUGAGGUGCAGCUGAAGCCGAAGCACCAGCCAUACAAGGUGUGCCGCCAGUGGCAGGAGCUGCUCUUGCGUUUCACUGAUUGCCAGGAGGAUGAGAUCAUGCAGGAUGAGCCUUCCCUGCAGUUCAGAAGGAACGUGUUUUUCCCGAAGAGAAGGGAGCUGCAGAUUGAAAACGAGGCUGUCCUGCGGCUGCUCUACGAAGAGGCCAAGUUCAACAUCCUGGAGGGACGCUACCCGUGUGACGUGGAGGACUGCGAGCAGCUGGGGGCCCUGGUCUGCAGGCUGCAGCUGGGGCCCUACGACCAGGACCAGCAUACGGCCUGUGCCUUGAAGGAGAAGCUGGAGGCCUUCCUGCCCGCUCACUUGUGCCGGCGGGGGCACAGCCUGCUGACGGCGCUGUGGAAGCGGGGGGCCAAGCAGCCGGCCUACGAGCAGGGGCUGCUUCAGGCCUACCAAGCAGUGCGGGAGGAGGCAGCCUGCGAGGAGCCUGAGGCUCUGCGCCAGCACUACCGGGCCUAUCUGCAGAGGUGCCACCAGCUGCCAUACUAUGGUUGUGCUUUCUUCUAUGGGGAGAUUGACAAGCCAGCCCAGGGCUUCCUGCACCGGGGAGGACGCAAGGCAGUGUCGGUCGCCAUCAGCCUGGAGGGUGUGUACGUCAUGGAUAGCAAGGAGAAGCACGUCUUGCUGGGCCUGCGGUUCCAGGAACUCUCCUGGGACCACACGUACCCCGAUGAGGAGGAGGAGCACAUCCUCUGGCUGGAGUUCGAUGGGGAAAACGAAGGGACCCUGGUCAACAAGCUGCUGAAGGUUUACUCCAAGCAGGCAGAGCUGAUGAGUGGCCUUAUCGAGUACUGCCUGGAGCUGAACGCAGCAGCGGAGGCAUCGGCCCUGGAGAACAGCACCCUCCAGAGCCCCACACUGUCACCUCUGGCCAGCAAGCAGCGCCCCAAGCUGAGACGGCAGAACAGCGUGGUCUGCAGCCGGAUCCAGCACCUCGCCACUAUAGACUACAUUGAGGAUGGUAAGGGGAUCAAGCGUGUGAAACCCAAGCGGACGGCCUCCUUCUUCACCCGCCAGUUCUCUCAUGGCCCUACCUCCUACUCAGCUGUGCAGGCUCCAGCAGAGAGCCUGGAGCAGGGCUGA